AUGGCCGACGAGGACGAGACCCGCCCCCGCGACUGGGGACACCACAGGUCGCCCAUCUUCAAGCUCCCCCCCGAGCUCCGCAACAUGAUCUACCACGAGACCUUCGCUGGCUCUGAGCGUGACCUCGUCCUUGAUCGCGUGCUCGUCACCGGCCGCUGCAGCGUCUUCACCACCGCCAAGUCGACCCACAACUUCCUCCUCACCUGUCGGCAGGUCUACACCGAGGCCCUCGCCGUCUGCUGGUCACUGACUGUGAUAGUAAAUCGCCGCUUAGCGGGUGACUAUGCAGAUUUUAACAAGUACAGGCACACAUGGGAAUUAUUCUCACGCGGCUACUUCUUGAACCGCAUCCCCGCCAUUGCCAGACAGCACGUCCAGCAUCUCCGUGGUUUAUAUUUGCCGACCGUCCCAUUCAACAAAUGGCUACGACACGAGGACAUCCCCCGGCAUCUCAAUGUCGCCGAGACUCUGGACUUCUUUCCAAACCUCAAGACAUGCUCGUUUUUGCAUUUCGAUUUUGUAAGCAACGAAGACUUUGCAGGAAUGUGUGCCGGGAUCGCGAAGAGACAUCCCCGCGUUCACAUCCUCCGCAAGCGGUGCAUGCUGGCUGCUGCCGACACUCCGAUAUAUUUCUUCCUACCGUUUAUUAAUUGGAACCGGAUUACUUUUACCGACUUCACCUCCGGCAACAGCUUGGCCAUUUACGAGCCUCUUUCAGCUCCCGACGUGCCAUGGAUCUCUGAAGAGGCCGGCUUCCAGAUGAUCCUAAAUUCGUCUGACAUGCAACUUAAAACCGUCGAACGCGCCCUCGAACUUAAGGCGGUGGACUAUAAACCCUAG